GAAGCUGACCAGGAGAGGGACUCUUAAGCAGCUGCUAAGAUGGGCAUGAGGAUCAAGUUGCACAGCACCAAUCACCCCAACAACCUGCUGAAGGAACUCAACAAGUGCAGGCUCUCCGAGACCAUGUGCGACGUCACCAUUUUGGUGGGCACCCGCUCCUUUGCUGCACAUAAGGCUGUUCUGGCCUGCGCCGCAGGCUACUUCCAGAACCUCUUUCUGAACACGGGGCUGGAUGCUGCUCGGACCUACGUAGUGGAUUUCAUCACGCCGGCCAACUUCGAGAAGAUCCUCAGCUUUGUGUACACCUCGGAGCUCUUCACAGACCUAAUCAACGUGGGCGUCAUUUACGAGGUGGCAGAGCGGCUGGGCAUGGAAGAUCUGCUGAAGGCCUGCCAUUCAACGUUCCCUGACUUGGAGAGCUCAGCCAUCACGAAGCAACCCUCCCUGUCCAUGAGCGAAGGCCGGUCAGGUCCUCUGAGCAGCACCUCCUCAGAGCAGAGCCAUUCUUUGGGUGAAAUCCGGAGCGGCGGGGAACAUUUUGGCCCUGAACGGAAUUACAUCUUGCACGGGGAAGUGGCAGGCAGCUACAAAGAGGACGACAGGAAUACUGUGAGUGAAGCCAGCCAGACUCUUCCCCUGAUGCAUCCGCAGCAGCCUCCCAAGACAGAACAGGAAUUGGAUCAAGGGCAGUUCGCUCCUGCCGCGAGUAUGGCGACCCAGCCCGGCCUGGGCGGUGUGAACAUCGUUGUUCAAACCACCACAAGCUCCUGCCAGCAGUAUAAGGUCCAGAGCAACGGUGACUACGGCAAGGGCGGCUUCUUUACCGCUGAUCCUUCCCUGGAUGUCUCCACGGGGAGCAACUCCUGUCCCAGCAACAGUGACCACUCCAAAGAGCAAGGUUUUGGGCAGAUGGAUGAGCUUCAGCUGGAGGAUUUGGGCGAGGACGAACUGCAUUUCGAAGAUGCCAGUGAAGAGCUGGGCCCAUCAGAAGAAGUUAUUGAGCUGAGCGACGACAGUGAAGAAGAGCUGGCCUUUGAGAACGACAGCCGGGAUAGCAAGGCCAUGCCCUGCCAGGUGUGCAAGAAGGUCCUGGAGCCCAACAUCCAGCUGAUCCGCCAGCACGCGAGAGAUCACGUUGAUCUGCUCACCGGGAACUGCAAGGUCUGUGAAACCCACUUCCAGGACCGGAACUCCAGGGUCACUCAUGUCUUGUCCCACAUCGGCAUCUUUCUCUUCUCCUGCGACAUGUGCGAGACCAAGUUCUUCACCCAGUGGCAGCUGACCCUCCACCGACGAGAAGGGGUCUUUGACAACAACGUCAUCGUCCACCCCAGCGACCCGCUGCCGGGGAAGAUCACCGUGUUUGGGGGAGGGCCUGGCUCAGAGCUGGCCUGCGCUGCCUGCGGGAAGCCUUUGGCCAAGGAUUUCCACACCGUCCGCAACCAUAUCUUGGACCACGUGAACUUGAAAAGCCAGACGUGCGGCGUGUGUGACCAGAGGCACCUCAGUCUCUGCAGCCUGAUGUGGCACACCCUGUCUCACUUGGGGAUCUCGGUCUUCUCCUGCUCUGUUUGCGCCAGCAGCUUUGUGGAUCGGCACCUCCUGGAGAAGCACUUGGCCGUUCACCAGAACGUGGAGGAGGCUCUUUUCCGGUGCCACUUCUGCGGCCAGAGCUUCAAGCUGGAAGCGGCGUAUCGUUACCACGUCAGCCAGCACAAGUGCGGGGGCAGCCUGGACAUCCGACCCAGCUUUGGAGACCGUCUCCAGCAGCAGGGCCUGCAGAAGAGGAAGCUGCCGGAGGAGUUCCUGAGCGAAGACUUGGCGCUGCAAAACCAGCCAGGCAACAGCAAGUACAGCUGCAAGGUCUGCGGGAAGAGGUUUGCCCACACCAGUGAAUUCAACUACCACCGGAGGAUCCACACCGGCGAAAAGCCCUACCAGUGCAAGGUGUGCCACAAGUUCUUCCGCGGCCGCUCCACCAUCAAGUGCCACCUGCGGACGCACUCGGGAGCCCUCAUGUACCGCUGUACGGUGUGCGGGCAUUACAGCUCCACGCUCAACCUCAUGAGCAAGCACAUAGGCGUGCACAAAGGCAGCCUCCCCCCGGACUUCACCAUCGAACAGACUUUCAUGUAUAUCAUCCAUUCCAAAGACGCGGAGAAAAACACGGACAGCUGAUGGGGUGAGGCAGGGCCAGCAAAGGAGCAAAUGCUAAUUACAGAAGCUGUGGAAAAAAUGUCGUUUAU